GCACCAGACGAAAAGGAAAAGAGCACCGAUGCUGAGGGCACCGCUUCAGGAAAUAGUUCAACGCAAAAGAGCAGCAAAAAUGCGGCAGCUUCAAAGGAUUCAAAGACGUCUAAAAGUAUUUCCAGCGGCAAUAAGGACGAACGUAAAAAUAGUAAGAAUGAGGAAGACAAAUUGAAGAGAAAAGAUGAGAAAACUGGCGACAGAAAGGAGAAGGACGAUAGUGAACAUAAAUCAUCUUCAAACAAAACAUCGCAAAAGGAUGACAAAGAAAAGUCCUCAGCCAAUACCUCGGCGAAAUCAUCGGCCCCAGCAAAGCAAGUAACUGCUUCCCGCAAUCUCUGGGUUUCCGGGCUGUCUUCUUUAACACGAGCCAGCGAUCUGAAAACCAUAUUUUCAAGGUAUGGAAAGGUGAUCGGCGCUAAGGUCGUCACUAACACGCGGACACCAGGCACCCGUUGUUAUGGCUACGUAACAAUGUCAUCAUCGGCAGAUGCCAGUCGCUGCAUCGAGCAUUUGCAUCACACCGAACUCCAUGGACGGAUCAUUUCUGUGGAACGUACCAAGAACGAAAUCGGUAGCAGCUCAACAGCUGGUUCUAAAUCCCGUUUAGAUGGCAUAAAGAAGGAGGAAGAUAAGAAGUCUCACGACACAACUUCGAAGACCCGCGAUGAUAGACGCAAGAUUAGUGAAACCAGUAAGAAGGACGAUUCAUCGAAGAAAUCUGAUGCCGAAAAGGAGAAGCUGCGCGAUAAAGAGAAAGAGAAAGAAAAAGAGAAAGAGAAAGAGCAUAACCAAAAAGACGAUAAGGACAAGGAGAAAGAUAAGGUCAAAGACAAAGAGAAGAGCGUGACUAGCAAUCGCGAGAAGCGUGCUAUUUCGAGGGAAGGGCCCAAAGAUCGCAAUACUCGGCAGCUUGCCAACCGCAGCCGCUCUAAUGACCGCCAUCGUAACGAUCGCAAUAUCAGGGACCAAAGGCAGAGGGAACGCGAACGUGAACAACGCAUCAGGCAGCGAGAGUAUAUACAGUUGCGAGAAGAACGAGAACGACAGCGUCUGCGAGAGCGUGAACGCGAACUGCGUGAAGAAGAACGUCGUCGGCGGGAAAUUCGCGAGCGUCAGCGCCAAGAAGAAACUCGCCUGGCUGAAGAACGUCGCAAGCUAGCACAGGAACGCGAACGAUUAGAGAAAGAGAAAGCAGAGUUGCUGCGUUUAGAACGCGAGCGCCAAAAACUCGAGCGGGAGAAAAUAGAAUUGGAACGACUCGAGCUAAAACGUCAACAAAUGAAGAUUAUGCACGCACGAGAGGACCCCAUUAAACGUCUGGCAAAGAGAUCCAGUACCGAGCGCUACACCGAUGUGUCCGAUCGGAAGCGGUCCUCUGGAAGUGAUUCUCGUUUUGAGGCGCCUCCUCCACCAAGGUUUGAUGCCAGUCUCGUAACAUCGUCGAGAAGUUAUGAUAAGAAGCGUGAUGAUUAUACUAGUUCUUCAUCCGGGAAGCGCGCCAUUGAUGACUAUUCAUCUUCGUCCAAACGCAUGGAUUACUCGAGCGGUACCAAACGUUCAGCUAUAGACGAUUAUUCUGUAGUUCCGGCAAAGCGAAGCUCAGACGAUUAUGGCAAGCGUAGCAGUGAAUAUCUUUCGUCGUCUUCAUCAAAACGUAUCUUAGACGAUUAUGGUACAAGCAAGUCCUCACGUGACGACUACAAACGCGAAGUUGAAAUUCGACAUGUUCCCGCAGUAAGUAAUAGCGGCAGCUCAUCAUUCCACACAAGCCGAGAUGUCAGCUCUACAAUUCAUAAGGCUACCGCAAGUCGCUAUCUAGACACAGAUCGUUCUUCUGGAAGCUAUCGCCGUGGCGGUAUCGAUGACAUAAGGUCCUCAUCUGGUAAUAAACGCUAUGACAACUCAAAUGGUUACGGCAACUCUAGCAGUGGCAAUAAUGUCUGGGCAUCAUCUACACACUUGAGUGGCAGCUCUGGCGGAAGUGGUGUCAAGUCAUACGUCGGCAAUGGCAUGUCCAGCCUUCACAGUAACUCAACAUGGCAGAAAUCGGUGGAAGAAAACAGCUGGCGUCCCAUGCCAUCCACACAAGAUCGCUUUGAUCGAACUUACAAUGAACGCUCCAAUAGUGGAUACACAGCUGGAGGAAUGUUUGGCAGUGGAGGACGCUAUGGCGGCCAAAUGUCUCGUUACUAAAUCUAAUUCCGCAUUGGCAUAUUUUAAAUGUCGUUUACAAUUUUAAAGCUCUUUUAUUAUUAUUAUUAUUAUUAUGCAUUGCAUUAUGUGUUUUCAGUCAUACUACAAACAUCUUAUUUGUGAAUUUUCAUAAGUUUGGUUAAGACAUUUGAUUAAUUUUGUAUUGCGAAUGGUGAAUCAAUCAAAAUAAUUGUGUGUAGUGUGUAAGGAAGAUGUCAGAUCGCAAGUCAAUGAUUUUCUUGCCGGAAUCCACAUAUGAAAGAAAGCAAAUAUUUGCAUUUUAAUCAGUCAUUAGAAAUGGGGAAAUAGAACACAAUGAUUCACCGCAAUCAUGGUCGUGAUUCUAAUUGCUUCUUUCCUUUUUUGGUUUACUUGCAAUUCCAAAAUAUUAUACUACGAACAUGUCUUUUGUAGUCAAAUAAGUAACAUUUGAAUUAUAAUAAAACAAGUUACAUUCAUGCAAAAU